AUGAAUGUUGGAAAGUCGGAUGACAAAGCAAAGAAUGGCUUGAAGUCUUCCUUACUUAAAAGGGAUGAAAAUGGAAAUAACUAUGCAUGUGACAGAGCUAUGCCUUCCUUAGAGAACUCUGCCACCAAGAUACGCAGCAAUUCAACUGACCAAAAUACAGUGACUGAGCGUGAAGAUGAUACUGUUCUUGAAAAUAAGAGUGACUUCAGAAGUGUUCUUUUAAAACAGCAGUGUGUUGAAGCACUUUGUCUGCAGAAGACGCCUGGUAAAUACAACUGCCCAGGAGCUCCGUUGGGAGAUGGAGAUGCUGCAUGCAAGUCUGUGACUGGGCAGACUUGUGUGUGUCCUUUGAACUGUGACUUGAAAGAAACAACAAACUUAGUGAAGGGUAACAUUGCUAUGGCAAAAAUGCAGACUCGGAGUACCAAACAAACUGUGCCUUACAGUCAGACUGACUCUAAGUGUGUCUUACCUCUUCCUGCUACAGGGCAGAACACGCGGUCCCUGAUAAAGGACAGGGCACAAAGCCACCUGAGCAUGUUGGAUGUUACUAAUGUUAUAGGUGAAACUCUGGGAUCUGAUCACAGUGAAGACAUGCAGCUGAGGCAACCACUAAUCUCUUCAGAAGUAUGUAGGAGAGAGAAAUUUGAUGGAACCAGCUCAGAAACACCUUACUUCUCCUCUAUGACAGUGGCUUCAGAAAGCGGAGAUGCCUAUUCAGAACUUGAAGUAUCUUAUCCUGUCUCUGCAGGUGUUCAACACUAUCUAAAAAACACUAACAAGACUGAUGAAGAAUCACGGAAAAGAGAAGCAGAGUCUGUUAAACUAGCUGUUGGGUGUAUAAAUCCUUAUAGGCGAGAUACCUUAUCGCCAUGCAUUAAUAUUAACGAAGAUGACCAAGUGAAAUCCUUGCAGGAUACCCCUGAUCAUGAUGAAGCUGGGAAUUCUAAUGCUGAAACAUGCAUGGAUGAUGUAAAUGCACAUGAUGUAAAUGAUGUGCACCUUCACCCAGUAGAUAAAAUGGACGUAGAACAAGUAUCAAAGAAAACUGGUGAACCUCUAACCAAAGAACAGAGUAUCUCUGGAAAUGCUGCUCUUCAGGAUACGCACAACACCGCUUUCUCUUGCAGUGUACCAAAAUUGAAGAGGCCUGUUAUACCUGAUCUGAAAUGCGAAACAACUUUUGUGGUCUUCAGUCCUAUGGCUGAUGGAAGUGAUCCUACUCUGUGUACUUCAACCCCUAAGGAACAGUCAGAAAAUACAACUUUUUCUGUUUCAGCUUUGGCAGAACUUGAAGACAAGUCUCCUAAACUAAGACCAAACAAGGCAUUUGUAGGAGGACAUAAUAGAAGGCCUUUGCUUAAAGCUAGUUCGGGUCAAACUGCAGGAAAACCAGUGGGCAGGUGUCCUGUUAUGUCAACAAUAACCAAAGCGAAGAAAUCGGAGAUAGUUAGUUUUCCCAAACCUAAUUUCAAAAACGUUAAACCAAAGGUUAUGUCUAGGCCUGUGUUACAGUCACGAGCCAGUGCAGCACUAAAACAGUCGCCUCAGUCCCCCCAACUCUCAGCUGUCUCCUCAUCUUCACUGGUUGCUUCCCCGAGGCAGUUGCCCCCCUCUAUGAAAGUGCUGAAAAAAAAAAUAGAUCUAGCUAAAGAUACUAAAGUGGAAUUGCCUGUGAAUAAGCCCCAUAAGCUACAUCUUAACAAACACCUCUUCACUAGCCAAGUCAUACAUGCCACGACACAUCCCAAAAACGCUUCCCACAAGGCUUCAAAGACACCUGUGUUAAAGCAGAAUCCGGAAGACAUUGGCAAAGCGAGCUCUGCCCCUUUGUCAUACUCCUCGGUUUCUGCUGAACUUCUAAUGCAUGUAGAGAACUCAAAAGAGAUGCUGGAUGAUAAUAUGGAAAGUUCGGACUCUUUAAUGCAGCCCAGUGCUCAAAACACCUACCUGGCCGGAGGUGAAAACGAGCAAAGCAGCAACACGGGCACUCUUCUGGGAGCAGCCUUGUUAAAAGAUGCGGCAAAUGAAACGUUUGACGUGCUUUCUGUUCCUUUGAUGCCUGCUGUGAAAGAUGGGACAGCACAAGGGAAAAACAUAGCGAAGAAAGGCCCAGUCACGCCACGAAGUGUAUCAGCUCCCAAAAUUAAAACGGUGCCAUCUGUGUUGCCCUUGAAGAGAGGAUGUGACGAUAAAACUGUCUGUGCAAUUAAAGCGCCUUCCCCCAAAGGAGCCGUUCUGUCAUCAUGCUCUGGUAUAGGAUCAUUGGCAAGAGAGAAGCAUGCAUCCGUGAAAAGUUCUCCAGGCUCGUGGGCUAGCUCCGGUAAACGGCUUGCCAAAUGCAAAGUGCCUGUCAAAAGCUCAGCGCCUGAGAGAUCACCCAGCCUCUCGUCAGUCAGCAGCACUCAGAGCGAGCGAAGUCUGUUCAGCAGUAACUCUGCAAGUGCCACAGUGUUCAAGAAUGGAGAAUGGCCUUCAAAACCAGCCUGCCAGAAUGGUACUUCGGGAUCUGUCCCUUUGAAAGCAGUACCAAGACCUAGGUUACACUCGUUGAAGACAACUCCAAAAGGUAUGGGAGCCAGGCCUACUCCACUGAGCCAGUGCAUACCAAAAUCAUGUGGGCCACUGCACUCGGCAAGGAAACUCAGUGAGGCCAGAGGUACUCCUGGAAGAAAUGGACACCAAGGCCUAUCUUGUGUGGGUUCUGUUGACAAGGGCAAGCAGCGGAGUACCAGGAGCUCCUGCAUACAGGCUCAAGCUUCCACGGAUGUGCGUUUGCCCGGCACAAAAACAGCUGAGUUGACACAGUACAAAACAAAAUGUGAGACCCAAAGUGGAAUCAUCCUGCAGCUGAAGAAAAUUCUAACAAGCAGUAACCAGAAGUUUGAAGCAUUGACUGUUGUGAUCCAGCACUUGCAGUCUGAGGUAAAAACUCUCAACUAA